AUGAACGAGGGAGAAGUAGUACAUCAUGUUCCUACUAUGUCCGAGCUCGUGCCAUUCAACCAUUUGCCUAUCGAACGAGAAAAUGAUACUUUGCACCCGAUAAGUGGUUCAGGUGCUAGUCUAAGAGGUUCGUUUGCACAGCCACAUUUAUUAAAGCCGGCUAAUCAUGCAUCAACUUAUGAAAUGUCAUGUGGGGAACCCAAAUUAGGUGUUGCGGACAAAACCCUUCGCAAAGCUGCAUUAGAAAGGCUUCCUUCAUUCAAAGAUGAGCUUGGCAAAUUGUUGACUAUCCUUGACAAUGUGGGGGCGGACGUCUCAUCUUUACAAGGCAUGAUCGAUGCACUUAUGGUAACCACGGUUGACUAUCAUUCUGCACACUCUACUUACACCCAAAAGCUAUCUCCCGAGGCUCAGAGUGAUCGUUUAGCUGCAGUUGACUCUUCACUUUCUAUUGCCUUGGCUUUGCAACAAGCUGAAGAGACUCAUCAGUUUUCUGUACUUGAUUGUAUUCAAUCUGCCAACAUGAGCAUAGAGGAGUUGAAGAGAGAACAAGAACAAUUGGAGUUGAGACUGCAUCAACUAAAUAAAUCACUUUCAAAGAGUGAUGUACAGCUUUCUUAUCAUUUUCGUGAGGUUACCCGCUUGAGAGAGGAUAAGAUUGCGAUUGAAGGAGCUCCUGUACUAUCUGCUGCAGAUGUCGAGACUUUAGAUACAUUAUGA